AUGCCAUUCAGUUUCCUAGUUUUAAGAGGAGAACAAUGUAUGGUUGAAUAUUUUUAUGACACUCAACGAUCAAAUGAUAAGAAAAGAACAUUCGAACCAAUAUUGAAUCAAAAGCUUAUGUAUGCUUUCAUAACUUUAAAAUUUUAUGCUGUUGUGGUAAUGUGGAAGUGCAAUGGUUGGGCUGGGUUACACAAAGAAAUGAAAGAGCUCUCACAGUUCACAAAAUUCUCAUCUUCUAAAAAGCAAACAUUAACCCUCCAUUAUCUUUUGUGA